GUGGAGAAAGGCAGAAGUGGGCAGGCUGUGUUUGCUCGGGAAUGCAGAACUAACUUUCUCUCGAGGAAAGGCCUUAUUUCAUCAGUCGCCGUUACUGUGGAGGACUGAAGAAUAACGGGUCCGAAGAUGAGAGGAGUUCUGGUCAUUCUCGCUUGUUUGUUUGCGUCCUUUUCUCCGCUUGACUGUAAUCAGCAGGGCUCGAUCCCCGAGGGAGAUCUUCUCGUGCUGACUGUAGCCACGCAGGAGACUGAUGGCUUCAGGCGCUUCUUGAGAUCCGCAAAGCACUUCAAUUACACCAUCAAGGUUCUCGGGAGGGGUGAAACAUGGAGAGGUGGAGAUUACAUGUCUCCUCCAGGUGGAGGGCAGAAGGUGCGCCUGCUGAAGUCUGCUCUGGAGGACAUACAGGACGAGAACAGAGUCAUUCUUUUAGUGGAUAGCUAUGACGUGAUCCUUUCUUCUGGUCCGAGAGAGCUGCUGAAGAAGUUUCAUAGUCAACAUUUGAAGUGGAUCAAAACCUUUCAUCAAAAACUGUGUUGUAUAUACAAUUAUACUUUAUUUUGUCGAUUACAUCCUCAUGUCAGAGAAGGGAAGAGGUUCCUUGGAGCAGGAGGCUUCAUUGGCUAUGCACCCAAUCUUAAACAGAUGCUUUCGGACUGGUCAGGAGCAGAUAGUGACAGUGACCAACUCUUUUUCACCAAGCUAUAUAUCAACCCGGAGAAACGAAAGUCUAUAAAUAUAACUCUGGACAACAAGUGCAGACUGUUCCAGAAUCUUCACGGAGCUCUUGAUGAGGUCGUGCUGAAGUUUGAAGAUGGACGCGUGCGAGCCAGAAAUGUGCUUUACAACACUCUACCCGUUAUUAUCCAUGGCAACGGACCCACCAAACUUCAGAUAAACUACCUAGGGAACUAUAUCCCACAUCUGUGGAUGUUUGAGACCGGCUGCACAUUAUGUAACGAGGGUCUGCGACCUCUUUCUGGACUCCAGGAGAGUGAAUAUCCUGUGGUGGUCAUUGGGAUCUUCAUCCAGCAGCCCACACCCUUCGUCACUGUGUUCUUUGAGCGCUUGCUUAACCUCAAAUACCCCAAAAACCGCCUCCGAUUAUUCAUCUAUAAUCAGGAAUUACAUCACGAACCACACAUACGCACAUUUCUGGAGUAUCACGAGUCUGAAUACCAGGGUGUGAAGCUGAUUGGACCAGAGGAGGAUAUAGAUCCUGUGACCUCACGUAAUAUUGGCUUCGAUAUGUGUCGAGACGACAUUGAUUGUGAAUACUUCUUCAGCAUAGAUGUGGACGUGGUUUUAAAGAAUGAAGACAUGCUUAGAAUCUUAAUUGAGCUCAAUAAGCCUUUCAUUGCACCAAUGAUGACCAAACCCGGGCGUCUGUGGACAAACUUCUGGGGUGCGCUCAGUGCCGACGGGUACUACGCCAGGUCAGAGGAUUACAUGGACAUAGUUAAAGGACGCCGCAUGGGUUUGUGGAAUGUGCCAUACGUCUCUCACAUAUUCCUGAUAAAAGCCGAUACAUUGAGGACUGAUCUCAAAGAUCCUGACCUGUUUGAAUCUGCAACGCUUGAUCCGGAUAUGGCCUUCUGCUCCAAAGUUCGAAACAAGGGUGUCUUCAUGUUCGUAACAAAUAUGCACACUUUCGGUCGAGUUUUAUCGACUGAAAAUUACCAGACAAACCACUUGCACAAUGAUCUCUGGCAGAUCUUUGAAAACCCUGUGGAAUGGGAGGAAAGAUACAUUCAUGAGAAUUAUUCCAAAGUUUUGAGAGAUGGUCUUAUAGAAAUGCCGUGCCCUGAUGUGUACUGGUUCCCUGUUUUCACCGACGUGGCCUGCAAACAUCUCAUUGAAGAGAUGGAACAUUUUGGCCAGUGGUCAGGAGGUAGAAAUGUGGACAAAAGGAUCCUAGGCGGAUAUGAAAAUGUCCCCACUGUUGAUAUCCACAUGAAUCAGGUGGGCUACGAUAAAGAAUGGCAGAAGUUCCUUUUGGAUUAUGCAGCGCCGGUCACUGAGAAAAUGUAUCCAGGGUACUACACAACGGCUCAGUUUGAUCUGGCGUUUGUAGUCAGAUAUAAACCUGAUGAACAACCCGCAUUAAGACCACAUCAUGACGCCUCUACUUUCACUAUCAAUAUUGCGCUCAAUCAAGUGGGCAUUGACUAUCAGCUGCGCCGAGGCUGGGCACUCCUGCACCCUGGACGCCUCACUCACUACCACGAGGGUCUGCCCACCGUAGAGGGGGUCAGAUACAUCUCUGUCUCAUUUGUGGACCCUUGAACUACUUUGUAUUGGAAACUUGAAUUUGCUUUGAAUUCAGAAGACUCUAGAACAGUGUUUCUCAACCCUGGUCCUGGGCGCCCCCCAACAC